UCAAGAAGGUGUCUACCACCACAACUCUCAGCAAAACUUAAACGUAGUCAAAACUUUCUCUGCUUUUGAGGUCUUUAGUAGUUCAAUUUUUUCUUCCUUAGUCUAUACUAAAGCCAAAAUAAUCAUGGCUAUUCGCAUGCCUCGUAUAAUCAAGAAGUAUUCCACAAAUGGAGACGUUCCAAAAGGCCACUUUGCUGUGUACAUCGGGGAGAAGCAGAAGAAGAGAUUUGUGAUCCCUAUAUCAUUCUUGAGUCAACCGGAAUUUCAAUAUAUGCUUAGUCAAGCUGAGGAAGAAUUUGGCUUCGAUCAUCCAAUGGGCGGUGUCAUAAUUCCCUGCUCAGAUGACAUUUUCAUUGGCAUCACUUCUCAGUUUAGGAUAUAAACAUGUUUUGAGAAGUUCCACACCAUCACAGCUAUCCACAAAACUAGAGAACUACUCGAAAUUUCUCUUCAUCCUUUACUCAUCUUAAAUAAAAGAUCAUGGCUAUCCGUAUGCCUCGUAUUAUCAAGAAGUCUUCUACAACUGGAGAUGUUCCCAAGGGAUAUUUUGCUGUUUAUGUUGGGGAGAAGCAGAAGAAGAGAUUUGUGAUUCCCAUAUCAUUCUUAAGUCAACCGACAUUUCAAGAUUUGCUUGGUCAAGCUGAGGAAGAAUUUGGCUUCGAUCAUCCAAUGGGCGGUGUCAUAAUUCCCUGCUCAGAUGACAUUUUCAUUGGCAUCACUUCUCAGUUUAGGAUAUAAGAAUAUAAUUGAGAAUCAUCUUUUCGUUUAUAGGUCUCACAAUUUUGUAUACGAAAGCAGGAGAUCUUUUUUGUACAGUUGAUUAGUUAUUAAAAGUUAAGUGAUGAGGCUUAGCACAAAAAAAAUGGUGCUUUUUUA